AUGGCGCGAUAUUUUUGUGGUGUUGAGGGAGGCUCAACUUCAACCGAAGUUGCCAUUAUCUCGGAUGAUGGAAAGCAGUGCUCUAAGGUUGUUGGUCCGCAUGUCAACCAAUGGACGCUUGGGCUUGAAAAAGCAGUGGAACGAACUGUUUUUCUGAUUGAAUCCGCCUUGAAGAAAGCCAAUUUGCCUAUCAACACACUUCUCCUUGCCGUUGGUCUAGCACUGAGUGGUAUCGAUUCGGAGGAAAAUGCUCGUGAUUUCGAGAAUGGGCUUCGAAAGGUGCGACCUGCUCUUGCCGAACAACUGUAUGCCUGUAAUGAUUGUUAUGGCACUUUGUUUGCGGUAACUGAAAAAGGUGGUAUAGUGCUAAUUGCUGGGACGGGAUCAAAUUGCAAGUUGAUACGCGAGAAUCUCUCGGCCUACGGUGUUGGCGGUCAUGGUCACAUGCUUGGAGAUGAAGGAUCUGGUGAGUUCUUAAUUCAUCGCUUCCUUGAUGUCGGCAGGGCUUUCUGGAUUGCUCAUCGCGUGAUUAAAACCUAUCUGGAUGAUGAUGAGGGCCUCGUUCUUACAUCGUUCGACACCAGUGCUGCGAAGAAGGCUAUCUUUGAUUAUUUUGGUUUGCGACAUAAUGUGGAUCUGCUCGAACCUCAUUAUCAUUUCGAGAAGAACUACUAUUCAGGAUUAUGUCAAAAAAUCGCCGAGUUGGCUCGUGCUGGAGACGCUCUUUGUCGCCACGUUUUCUACGAAGCCGGUUUUUUCCUUGGCGCUCACGUCAUGGCAGUUCUUCAAAAGGCAGAUUUGUCCUGGCGAAUGAACUCUGAAGGUGUCAAUAUUGUUUGCAGAGGAGGUGUUUUUAAUAGCUGGGACCUUCUCGAGGCAGGCAAGUGGUCCUUUCAGACCACAUAUCGACUUUACACACCACUUCCUUUUCUACUUCGAGGUUUCAGAGAUCGUGUCACCCCGGAUAUUGAAACAAAGAAGAUUGUCCAUUCUAUUCGUCUGGUUUUUAUCACAUCAUCAGUGGCUGUCGGAGCGGCGUUACUUGCGGCCCAUGUCAAAUUCCAUCUCGACCUUCCUCGAAACCACAGUUAUCAGCUGCUGGCUGAAUUCCGAGCGUAG